AUGCCUUCAACCGCCUGCGACAGAUGUCACCGUCGCAAAGUCCGCUGCGACAAGAUCCAGCCGCAAUGCGGCCUCUGCAAAAGAGCCGGCGUGGCGUGCGAGUACGCUGUUAGUGAGCAUCAGCUGCGUAGGAGGAAUACGCAGAAGCUGGAGAGGAGGAUAAGGGAGCUGCAGGCUAGUAACGAGACGUUGUCGGCGCAGCUUCGUAGCGACGGGACGGCUACGCCGAGGGAGAGGCAGAGGGAGGUAGAGGAGUCGCCUGCGACGCAGCUCAAUGGGUCGAGUCCGCCUGGGGAUGGGGAGGUUGCUGAGGAGGUCAUUCAGAUGAGUCUCAUUGCAGGUGGAGGACAUCACUUUGUUGGUUCGACGAGUGGUCUUUUACUCGCGAAUUUACUACAGUCGCGCCCACAACCUCCAUCGUCUCUUCAUUCAUCAGGAUGGAAACCAACCUCGAUAUCAGACCUCUCUUCCCCUCAAGGAAGCUCAGGCUUACCACCCAAGAGUCUCGUAUCGGAGCUCCUCAAAGCAUACUGCAGCCAUGACCACCUCUGCUACCCCUUCCUCUCCAUCAAAUCUCUCUACCGCUCCCUGGACGCGGUUUACGAAGAAGGUCGCGAGAAGGACCCGGUGGAUGCCUUCUUCGUUGACAUGACCCUCGCGAUAGGCACAGCCCAAGUCCACAAGUUCAACUGGAAUGGCGUUUAUGAUGCUGAGACGCAUUACAACCGCGCCAUGACCAUGUUGGCGGAUGUUCUUGCUCGGGAUGGCAUUGAGAGGUUACAGGCUCUGCUGUUGGUGUGUCAGUACAGAAUGGGAACUACAUCGAGCAAUACUACCACGAGUGUCUGGCACCUCAUCGGUGUUGCUGCGCGGACAUGUCUAGAGAUGGGCCUCCAUCGAGCUGCUACUUACGCAUUACCCCAGACAAACGAGGAUGAUCCGAAUCGCAAAGCCAAGGAGGAAGAGAUGGAGACAAAAAGGCGAUGUUUCUGGAGUCUUGUCGCUCUCGACCGCGUGACGAGUCUUGCCCUUGGUCGUCCUCUGGCACUUCAGCUCGAAGACAUCGACGUCGACCUCCCAUUAUCAGCAACACUCGAUCAACUUCCUCAGGACGGUAGCCCUCUUUCAUCAGCACCCUACGGAACACCACAAUACCGCGCCGCGACAUCAGUCUUUGUACACAUCGUUCGCUACCGUCUCAUAUGCGGCAAGAUCAUAAAUGCACUACACCGAAGCGCCAAACACGUUACCUUUGCUGUGAUAAGCUACGAAGAGAUGCGAACUGCGCUGGCGAGGGAGUUGCAGGAGUGGCAUACAGAGACAGCGAACCUUCCCCUUGUCAAAAGCGAUGCGGCUGCUGCUUCGCCAGCGAGCGGGUCUAGUUUUCGCUGUGAGGAGUGGUAUCGGCUUUUGUACCAUAAUGGUGUGCUUAUGCUCUUCCGGCCGUCGCCGUGCUUGAACGACGCGUCGGUGAAUAAUCUUGCGCUGCAGAAUGUUUUCGACUCGGCGCGGGAGGCUAUUAGUCUGUAUGCCAGUCUACAUCGAUCGCGGAAGAUGAAUUACUCAUGGAUAACGAUGCAUCCUGUAUUCCUAGCCGGAUUAUCAUAUAUAUUCGCUCUACGACAUCACUUCCAAGCGUUACAUCUAGCAAGUUCAGAACCAAGACGAGCUAGGUUACACAGAACGCCUACGAUAAACCAAGUCGUCAACGAUACGCGCGCCUGCUCCAAAGUUCUAGUCGCCGUGUCAGAAAGAUGGGAUCUCGCGAGGAACUGCUCCGAUCUCUUCGACAGACUAAGCGAUGCCGUGGUGGCGGAUGUAGUUGAGGCGUCGACGCCGAGCCACACCACCGAUAUGAGCGUUGCGGCGGCGGUGAAUACUGCGCCGUUCUCUGCGGACUUGGCGAAUAUGACGGUUGAUAGCACGUUUAGGGAUUGUUUUGGGGAUCUGCAGAGUCUUGGGUUGGAUGAGUUCCAUAAUGAUGCGAUAUCGCAGCUUUCUCAGGAGUGGUUCUUUGGUUUGGGGGAUGAUACCCAUAGGUUUUACUAA